UAAUUCCCUUUCCUUCUCGAACCCACGAUUUUCUCUUUCCUCUCCUUAUCAUUUACUCCACCCAGAAACUUCUAGAAACAACAAAAACCUAACCCCACCCUCUCUCUCUCUCUCUCUCUCUCUCGCAAUCUCAAAUUCCAACGUCAAUCUUCGCUACCUCCUAUCGGUCGGCGGUUCUUCCUUACAUGCCGUUUCAUUAAGCCCUAGCUAGGCUCCCGUCGAGUUUGAUAAACGUCGCUUCGUGUAUUUUCUGUUUGUUUGGUGAGAGAAUUUCACCACCUCUGGAAUAUAUAAGGAAAGAUGAAUCUGACAUUUUUUUUACUUUCUUCGGUCUUUUGUUAGGGUUCGGGAUCUAAUAUCGAACCUUCCAUGCCGCCAUUGCCUGUGGAGCAAACUGGCGAAUCACCCGCCGCAUGUGGCGGCGGAGCAGCAGCUGGCGGACCACCAUCAGGAUCGGGAGAUUCGCAAAGAUCUCUCCCAACUCCAUUUUUAACCAAAACCUAUCAGCUAGUCGAUGACCCGUCGGUUGAUGACUUGAUUUCAUGGAACGACGAUGGAUCAACCUUCAUAGUGUGGCGUCCUGCAGAGUUCGCUAGAGACUUGUUGCCUAAAUAUUUCAAGCACAACAACUUCUCUAGCUUCGUUCGCCAACUCAACACAUACGGAUUUAGAAAGGUGGUACCCGAUCGAUGGGAAUUCGCGAAUGACUGUUUCCGGCGAGGCGAGAAAGCACUUCUCCGCGAUAUUCAGCGCAGGAAAAUAUCUCCGAUGGCGGCAUCAGCUGUAACUUCCGCCUCCGUUACGGUCGCCGCCAUCCCCACGGUGGCGAGAGCGGUUUCUCCUGCUAACUCUGGUGAUGACCAGGGAAUAUCGUCCACGUCGUCUCCUGGCGGGGCAGGGACGGCGGGAGGAGCAAACUCGUUUCUCCGGACGACGAGCUGCACGACGACGCCGGAGAUUCUGGAGGAGAACGAGAGGUUGAGGAAGGAGAACUCGGCGCUGAGCCACGAGUUGACUCAGUUGAGAGGUCUGUGUAAUAAUAUAAUGGUGUUGAUGAAUAAUUACGCAUCCCCUCAGUUAGAGGGUAAUAGUGGAAAUAGCAAUAAUAAUUUGGCGGAAGUCAAGGCCGCUUUGGAAUUGUUGCCGGUGGCGGAUGAAGUGGCGGUUAGUGGUAGACCCAGGGGCGGAGCGGCGGCUACGGAGUCGGAGGUGAGCCCGAGACUGUUUGGGGUUUCUAUUGGAUUCAAGCGCGUGAGGAUAGACGAGGAGGAGGAGGAGGAGCAGGGUAAUCGGCAACAAACGGAAGGGAAAGAGCACGAAUCUGACGUUAAAGCGGAGCCGCUGGAUGGUAGUUCAGGGAAUUCAGAUCACCAAGAUCAACGGUGGUUAGAUCUUGGGAAAUGAUAAUGAUGGUUGAGAGCUGAUGGUGUGAUCAGAGUGGAGCACGAUGGGCACCACAGGAAUUGGAUCAGGAGAUGGGUAGACGACACGUGUCUUAAAAGAUGGGUCGCUUCUGGAAGUUGCAUCUGUCUUUACGGAAAGGGAAAAGUCACCAUCUUUUGGUUUGUUGGGAACUGAAGAGUCGGUUUUUUUAGGAUGCGAUGAUGGUGGUGGGAGCAUCAAAAGAAGUGGUUGGAGUGCCAAAACGGCGCCUCAUGGAAACAAGAUGGAUAGAUUCUCCAGAGCACGGUGAUUGGUUGCUGCUGGAGAGGAUCUGUCCCGUGGUAAACAAUGAUUACCAAAGCUUAAAGUAAGUUCUCGAUUUAGUGGCUCCAGAUUUAGAUUUGUAAGUAGAGCAGGUUAAGAAGCUAGUCUUUAGUUUGUUUUGUUUCUUCUGUGUUGUGUUAGAUGAUUUUGUACUUGCUGCUGAUGCAAGUUAUACAUGGUAGAUGUGCUGCUGACUUCCUACUUCAAUGGUUGGUUGCUUUGCAUGGCUUCUUGUAAUAUUCUACCGGCCAUCUGCUGUACUCAUUUGUGUAUUAUUACUACUACUACUUUGGUUCUGAA